AUGAGGACCAAACUCCAAGCGAAGCCUGCAUCAGCUUCACCAUCUGACUGUUUAAGACAAGUCUCUGCAUGUAUUAAUAAGUUCUCUAAUGUUUUUGUAUCCUACUCUUCCUCCCUCCACUGUUCCUCUGUAUCGUCUUCUUCCUCUCUGAUCCCGCAGCGCCUUCGAGACCAGAUUAAGACGUGGGUGGCAUCCAACGAGAUCAAAGACAAAAGGCAGCUAAUAGAGAACCGCAAACUCAUAGAAACGCAAAUGGAGCGCUUUAAAAUAGUUGAAAGAGAAACCAAGACAAAAGCGUACUCAAAAGAAGGACUCGGCCUUAUCCAGAAGGUGGACCCGGCGCAGAAGGAGAAGGAAGAGGUCGGCACCUGGCUGACGAACACRAUCGACACGUUGAACAUGCAGGUGGACCAGUUCGAGAGCGAAGUGGAGUCUCUUUCAGUCCAGACGAGAAAAAAGAAAGGAGACAAGGAGAAGCAGGACCGGAUCGAGGAGCUGAAAAAGUUCAUUGAGAAGCAUCGGUAUCACAUCCGAAUGCUGGAGACGAUACUGAGAAUGCUGGACAACGACUCACUGCAGGUCGAUGCCAUCAGGAAGAUCAAGGAUGAUGUUGAGUACUACAGAGAGUCAUCGCAGGAUCCAGACUUUGAGGAGAACGAUUAUCUAUAUGACGAUCUCGACCUGGAUGAAUUCCCUCAACAAUUACUCGCCACCUCCCCACCAGGACCCUCGCACUUGGAGGAUGAGAUCUUCCAGAACUCCAGCAGCACACCGACCUCCACCACCUCAUCCUCACCAAUCCCUCCUUCGCCUGCCACUUGCACUACGGAGAACUCAGAAGAUGACAAGAAGAGGGGACGUUCGACGGACAGUGAAGUCAGUCAGUCACCAGUGAAGAAUGGAAAUCCCUCCUCGUCAUUAUCUUCUUCCUCCUCUUCCUCCUCUUCGUCUUCUUCCGCCUCUGGGCUCACCUCAUCCUCUCUGGUUUCUGUUGCGGUCGGAGGCAUCGGUGGCUCUGGAAGCAGUCAUCUUAGCGCUGUGGGKGGUCUUUUCUCCAACACUUUAGCCGGCAGCUACAGCAACGCCACGCAGCAGCCGCCUCACCCGUCGGUGCAGCAACAGCAGGUCAAAAACUCGCCGAGCUCCUCGGCUCCCAUCAACUCCAGCACCUCCACCAACAGCCACAGCGCCUCGUCUGCGUCCUCGCCACCCAGCACACAGGGGUUCCUGACUUCGAACUCCCUGCCCCAGGCGCCUUUGGGUCCCACGACGACCUCCAACAGCCUUGGCCUCAGUCUGGGGCCCUCUCUGGGGAAAAGCUCCAUCUCYACCAGCCCCGGCCUGUCAGGGAUGCCGGCAUCCCUAAGCAAUAUGGUGGGUCUUCUCUCAAGCUCCACCCCAACCCCAUAYGCYCAGGCGGCCGCMUCGGGCACGUCCAGCUCAGGRUUACUGGGCUCUCUCGGCGGCGUCAGCAGCACAACRACCAACAGCGGGGUGGGCGCCAUCGGUAGCGGCAGCAUCGCGGUCGGCGGGCCRACGUCCUCGCAGGGAGGCAUGCUCGGCACGGCUUCUAUAGUGGGAAGCGUCRCSUCGGGGAUUCUGGGCUUGGGUUCAGGUCAAUCGGGGGUUCAGGGGUCUUCCCUGGGGCCGCAGAGCCCCAUCGGGAGCUUAGCUCCUGGAAGUGGAAUAGGAGUUAUCGGAAGCAACGGCGGCAGCUCAGGAUCCGCAGGGAGCGGAGUCGGAGGAGGAAGCUCAUCCCUGUCCGGUCAACCGCCGAGCAGACAGAAGCAGAACGGUAGCACCAGUCACAGUGCUGUAGUAGCAGAUAGCACAAUAGACUCCGCCCUCAACAGUGCCACCCAAUCACAAAGCAGCCAAUCCUCAUCUCUGACCUCCUCAGCCAAUCAGCUUAAGGACACUGGUCCCAGUUUACUUGGCUCCAUGGGUUUGUCGUCCACCUCCCCAUCGCCGGCAUCGUACAGUGAGGCUAAAACAACGAGCGGUGGAAGCCUUCAGAACGGGCCGCUGUCCUACUCACAGCCACCCGAAAGCAUCAAGCCCCAGGAGCCUCUGAGCAGGUCCAUGGCCGAGCGAGCAGCGCCCAGCUCAGGGAUUGAGGGAGAUGUGUCCUCCCUGCACCUUACUUCAGACAUCUUCUCAAGCAGCACUACGGCCCCCUCGGGGGCCCUGUCAGCACCUCAGUCCUCCCUGUCAGAGGUCAGCAUCCUCCCGUCACUGGGCGUCUGUCCACUGGGGCCAGUUCCCCUUUCCAAAGACCAGCUCUACCAACAGGCCAUGCAGGAGGCGGCGUGGACGCACAUGCCCCACCCGUCCGACUCAGAGAGAAUCAGGCAGUACCUGAUGAGGAACCCCUGCCCCACCCCACCUUUCCACCACCAGAUGCCACCACCUCAUUCCGACACUGUAGAGUUUUACCAGAGGCUUUCCACGGAAACGUUGUUCUUCAUCUUUUACUACCUAGAGGGCACUAAGGCCCAGUAUCUGGCAGCCAAGGCCCUGAAGAAGCAGUCAUGGAGGUUCCACACAAAGUACAUGAUGUGGUUUCAGAGGCACGAAGAGCCCAAGACCAUCACUGAUGAGUAUGAGCAGGGAACAUACAUUUAUUUCGACUAUGAGAAGUGGGGCCAGCGGAAAAAAGAGGGNUUUUUAGGUGCGCCUUAUAGUGCGGAAAAUACGAAGCAGGACCGGAUCGAGGAGCUGAAAAAGUUCAUUGAGAAGCAUCGGUAUCACAUCCGAAUGCUGGAGACGAUACUGAGAAUGCUGGACAACGACUCACUGCAGGUCGAUGCCAUCAGGAAGAUCAAGGAUGAUGUUGAGUACUACAGAGAGUCAUCGCAGGAUCCAGACUUUGAGGAGAACGAUUAUCUAUAUGACGAUCUCGACCUGGAUGAAUUCCCUCAACAAUUACUCGCCACCUCCCCACCAGGACCCUCGCACUUGGAGGAUGAGAUCUUCCAGAACUCCAGCAGCACACCGACCUCCACCACCUCAUCCUCACCAAUCCCUCCUUCGCCUGCCACUUGCACUACGGAGAACUCAGAAGAUGACAAGAAGAGGGGACGUUCGACGGACAGUGAAGUCAGUCAGUCACCAGUGAAGAAUGGAAAUCCCUCCUCGUCAUUAUCUUCUUCCUCCUCUUCCUCCUCUUCGUCUUCUUCCGCCUCUGGGCUCACCUCAUCCUCUCUGGUUUCUGUUGCGGUCGGAGGCAUCGGUGGCUCUGGAAGCAGUCAUCUUAGCGCUGUGGGKGGUCUUUUCUCCAACACUUUAGCCGGCAGCUACAGCAACGCCACGCAGCAGCCGCCUCACCCGUCGGUGCAGCAACAGCAGGUCAAAAACUCGCCGAGCUCCUCGGCUCCCAUCAACUCCAGCACCUCCACCAACAGCCACAGCGCCUCGUCUGCGUCCUCGCCACCCAGCACACAGGGGUUCCUGACUUCGAACUCCCUGCCCCAGGCGCCUUUGGGUCCCACGACGACCUCCAACAGCCUUGGCCUCAGUCUGGGGCCCUCUCUGGGGAAAAGCUCCAUCUCYACCAGCCCCGGCCUGUCAGGGAUGCCGGCAUCCCUAAGCAAUAUGGUGGGUCUUCUCUCAAGCUCCACCCCAACCCCAUAYGCYCAGGCGGCCGCMUCGGGCACGUCCAGCUCAGGRUUACUGGGCUCUCUCGGCGGCGUCAGCAGCACAACRACCAACAGCGGGGUGGGCGCCAUCGGUAGCGGCAGCAUCGCGGUCGGCGGGCCRACGUCCUCGCAGGGAGGCAUGCUCGGCACGGCUUCUAUAGUGGGAAGCGUCRCSUCGGGGAUUCUGGGCUUGGGUUCAGGUCAAUCGGGGGUUCAGGGGUCUUCCCUGGGGCCGCAGAGCCCCAUCGGGAGCUUAGCUCCUGGAAGUGGAAUAGGAGUUAUCGGAAGCAACGGCGGCAGCUCAGGAUCCGCAGGGAGCGGAGUCGGAGGAGGAAGCUCAUCCCUGUCCGGUCAACCGCCGAGCAGACAGAAGCAGAACGGUAGCACCAGUCACAGUGCUGUAGUAGCAGAUAGCACAAUAGACUCCGCCCUCAACAGUGCCACCCAAUCACAAAGCAGCCAAUCCUCAUCUCUGACCUCCUCAGCCAAUCAGCUUAAGGACACUGGUCCCAGUUUACUUGGCUCCAUGGGUUUGUCGUCCACCUCCCCAUCGCCGGCAUCGUACAGUGAGGCUAAAACAACGAGCGGUGGAAGCCUUCAGAACGGGCCGCUGUCCUACUCACAGCCACCCGAAAGCAUCAAGCCCCAGGAGCCUCUGAGCAGGUCCAUGGCCGAGCGAGCAGCGCCCAGCUCAGGGAUUGAGGGAGAUGUGUCCUCCCUGCACCUUACUUCAGACAUCUUCUCAAGCAGCACUACGGCCCCCUCGGGGGCCCUGUCAGCACCUCAGUCCUCCCUGUCAGAGGUCAGCAUCCUCCCGUCACUGGGCGUCUGUCCACUGGGGCCAGUUCCCCUUUCCAAAGACCAGCUCUACCAACAGGCCAUGCAGGAGGCGGCGUGGACGCACAUGCCCCACCCGUCCGACUCAGAGAGAAUCAGGUGCAGUAAACUUCUCACAGUUCUUUUUAUUGAAAUAAUUACAGGUAAAAGGGAUCAAAUGUUUGGGUACAGGACGGAGACUCUAACUAUGUGGGACUCAUAG